AUGGCCGAUCUCUAUGGCACCUCCAGGGACCUCGAGCAGAGCCAUGAAAAACAGUUAGAGUCCCUGCUACUGCAAGGGGUUUACAAACCCGUCUUCCUUUACCAUGUGGUUUUUUUCAACUGUCUCCCGAUCAUCGGCAUGGUCAUACCGCGCCGACGAGGCACACGCUAUGUUCGUCAAUUUAUUUAUGCCAUAAGUCUGGCAUUUGCUUUGGAAAUGCUAAGAAACCACCGAACUCUACUUGGCGGCAACGGAUACAUGCUUGGCAUGAUGAUUGCAUGGUGGCUAGUAUGGUGCACCACGCUGUUUGUGUUCAUGGAUAUCGAGCAUGACUUCCAGCGCAUUGAAAGAGGCGCUAAACUUGCAGCCGACGGCGAUUCUUCUCCUGGAAACACUCAAGAGAUGUCGAACCAAACAGAGACUGGCGAUCAGUCGAGUCAGCCCCUCUUUCACUGGCAGUCUUACCCGCGCAAAUUCUCUCAUCGCCUUGAAUGGUGUGCAGGGCUACUUUUCAACCUCAGAGGACCCGAAUGGAAUUGGCGCGUUCCUCAUCUUGGCCCUCUUCCUCAAUCGGUUCACAAACACCUGCAGCCGGAGUAUCUCUCUAACAAGUUCCAUGCUGGAGGCGAUGCUACUUGCAUGACUUCCGGGCAGCGUCUUCGGGCUGCCUUCAAGACCUUCCUGCAAUCCUAUCUCCUUCUAGACAUUCUCAAAGUUGUAAUGAUGCGGGACCCUUACUUCCGAGGUAUUUCAGGAUGUGACUCAAUGCCUCCAUUCCCAAUGUCCUACCUCGCGCCUUUCCCUCUAUUAGUUACAAUCUACCGCUACCUCCUCAGCUGCAUAGGUGUCUACGUUGCACUCAACUUCGUCACGUCACUCAACCCCAUCUGUUUUCUUGGACUAUCAUUGGCCUUUCCAAAUGCAUCGCGGAAGCUGACAGCUGCCCCGCUGGACGAGGCGUGGCUAUAUGCUGACUCUUUUGGACCCUUCAUCUCACCCGUACUCGACCAUGGCAUUGCCGGCUGCUGGGGCCGCUGGUGGCAUCAAUUGUUCCGCUAUGGGUUUACCGCCACUGCACGUUGGAUCUGCGCAUGUUUACCAACCAGAUUCGCCGCAAACGAACAGAUAAAACAAAUCCUCUAUAUCGUCGUUGCAUUCACAAUCAGCGGCCUCAUCCACGCUUGCGGCAGCUACACUCAAUUUGCGGAGACCAAGCCUUUCUCAGGCCCAUUCUUGUUCUUUUCCCUGCAGAGCAUAGCAAUUAUUUGCGAGCACAUCUUCAAGAAAGCUAUCUUCCCUAGAAUACCUCUCGUUGCUGGCACACCGCGGUGGUUGAGACGCACUGGAAAUGCCGUCCUCGUUUUCUUCUGGCUGCUCUAUUCGGGGGGGCUUUAUUGCGGAUGA